GCCUUGAAGAGUGAACUCAGCAACAGGUUAACUUAUCUAUUGUGAAUCUAUGUUUCGUUACGGGCUUCUAGUUCUUUCGCCUUCGUGCCUCAGGAGCAAAUUACCUGCUCUCUUGAGCCAAGUUUCUCAAGAAGUCAAAGAAGUUCUUUACGUAGAUAUCUACGAACCUGAUUUUGUUGUUCAUCGUGUGCGCAGUUUGUACGAGCUGUUGGUUGAUGUUUAUGGAACCGGCUCUUCCAAAACCGGGGAACUAGAUGUCCGUGUUUUACUACCUCGGACUUUGGCCCCUAGUGGCAGUGGCACUAAAGAAGUUAGAAAUCUCGUCAAAUCGCCCGAAGUUGCUUUCGUUGAUGAUGUGUUCGAAAACAAUGAAUCGAAAGUUGGUCUUUUGGAGUUCAAGAAAUGGCUGGCGAGACGUUUUCAGCUCUCUGAUCUCGACGGAAAGCUGAAGUAUUUGAACCUUGAAGAUGAGAUUAUUAGCAAGGGAGGUGUAGAAAAAGAGCUCAGUAGCGAUCUGAAUGGUUCUUGUCUACAGAGUUACAAACAAGUGGUUCUCGGUGGAACGUUUGAUCAUAUGCAUUCUGGACACAGGUUGCUUCUGGCUGUUUCUUCUCUGCUUUGCGAACAGAGGAUCACCGUUGGUCUUAGCGAGGGACCUCUUCUACAAAAGAAGGUCUUAAAAGAACUUAUCGAGCCUUUCCAGGACAGAAAGAGGAACUUAAAAGAGUUUCUGGAGGAUGUAAAGCCAGGUCUGGAACACAACAUUAUACCAUUAACUGACCCAGUUGGUCCAGCGGGAACUGACCCAGAAUAUCAGUGUCUCAUCGUUAGUAAGGAAACAGAGAAAGGAGGGUUUGUGGUGAAUGACAUGCGUGAGAAAAAUGGUUUGAACCCUCUAGAUGUGCAUGUGAUUGACAUUGUCAUUGAAAAAGAUGUGGAAUCAAGCCAUGGAAAACUUCAUAGUGGAGAAGAGAAGAUGAGUUCUACCAUGGAAAGACAGAAAUUAUUAGGAAAACUUUUACGACCUGUUAGGAAAAUGAGAGUGCCAGGGCACCCUUAUGUCAUUGGUCUAACAGGAGGGAUUGCCAGUGGAAAGUCGUCAGUCUGCCAAAGGCUUAGGAGCCUAGGUGCAGCAGUCAUAAGUUGCGACCAGCUGGGGCAUCAGGCCUACACACCAGGGAAGAGGGCUUACAAAGAAAUUAUCGAGAACUUUGGCAAUGGAAUUCUUACUGAGGAUAAGAUUAUCAAUAGAAGGACAUUGGGCUCCAUUGUUUUUGCUGACAAGGCCAAGCUCUCAUUGCUUAAUCAUAUUGUCUGGCCCGAAAUAUUGCUGCAAGUACAAGCAGAAAUUGCAAGAUAUGCAGAAGAGGGGUUCAAGGUUUGCAUCUUAGAUGCUGCAGUUCUCUUGGAGGCUGGCUGGGACAAUGCAACUAAUGAAGUAUGGGUGACAUUUGUCCCAGAAAAUGAGGCUGUGUCACGCAUUCUCUCAAGAGAUGGCAUCUCCAAAGAACAGGCUUUAAACAGAAUUAAAUCCCAGAUUAGCAAUGAAGAACGAGUAAAAGAGGCAAAUGUUGCCAUUUGCACGCUGUGGGAGCCCGAGUAUACUCAAGAGCAAGUUGAGAGAGCCUGGAGAAGUUUACUUGAAAGAAUUUAAAUUAUUUUGACAUUGUUUCUUAUCUGAUCAGAAGGAUUUCAAAAGAAUAACCAACAUUUAAUUUCUCUGUACAGUAAUCAUCCUGAAUCAUUUGUCAAGAUAUGAGAAUAAAGGAAAUCAUUGCCAACCUAAGGUGUGAUCAGUAAAUGAAAUCACACUGUCAGUUCUUAAAGGAAUGUAGAUAGUUAGUAGAAGCUGGUAACUCCUACAAGUAAAAAGGUCAGUUGGAUACAACGUUUUUGAAUAUUUUGUGACUAAAUGAAAUUGCAUUGCUAGUACUUAAAGUAAGUGCAUAAAGAAUAUGCACUGAUUGUAGGGUUUGAAGGGAAAUAUACUUAAAAUUGAAUUUUGAAAUAGUGUAACACUUAAACUUUUGAAUAUUUUGAUUCGUGAAACAUAUUUGUGUCAUGUAAACUCAUGACAAGUGCAUAGGAUUUUACAUAUAUUGCAAUUACGUCUGCAGUUAAAAAUAAAAAGGGUCUCGAUUUAGAAUUUUUUUGCAAGCAUUUCCUUCCCUCUCCCAACUGUAAUGUUCAAUUCAGAAAUUUUAACAUCGAUAGUAACAAGAUGCUAGUAACUGAGACUAGAAGUGAAACCUUGGUGUGACAACUUUUUUUGAUUAUUUUGUAAUUAAAUGAAGUCACAUUGCCAGGUACUAACAGGAAAUGCAUAGAAAAUUGUUUAGAGAAUAUGGACACUGUUUUGGGGGUGUGAGGGAUCAAUAUCUGUUACAUUUUGAAAUGUGAUAACUUUUUUGAACAUUUUGUGGUAUAUGGAAUUUUUUUUUGGUCAUAUCAACUCAUGAGAAACACACAUGCACUGUAAUUAUGUCUGCAAUUAAAAAUGAAAAGGAUUUCUUCUGUUUUAGAAUUUUUUGCAAUUAUUUCCUUCACUUUCUUAACCAUAGUGUUUGAUUGAGAAGUCAUCAAGUAGAUAGUAAUUAAAUGCGAGUAACUCGUGGUAGUUAAAAGGCUGGUGCAACCCAACUUUUUCUAAUAUUUUUGUGAUUGAAUGAAGUCGCAUUGUCACCACUUGAAGGAAAUUCAUAGAAAAGUGUAUGAAUACUGAUAUUAGGGUUUAAAGGGUAAAUAUAAUUUUAGUUCUAUUUUGAAAUGGUGUGACAACCUUUUCUAAAUAUUUUGUGAUUUAUAAAAUUGAGAACUAGGGACAAAAAAUUAAAGACAACAAUUUUGCAUA